UACGAGCAGCAGCGGCAGGAUUAGCGACAUGCGCGGCUAGCGGCUUGAUUAGCGAUUGCUUUCCUUCGUCCUCCACGUGAAAAAAAAGACAACAAUAUGCGGCAGGAUACUCGACAGUUCGACCCGUCUCAUCAUGCAGGCUCUCAGCCCUAGGGCCUAGGCCGCCGCCCGCCGUCGCCGACACAGCGACACCGCGACACGCCGUACUGCAGGUCUGCCCACUCCCAUCUGGCUCUUGCUAAUUUCUAAUUCUCUUCUCCUAAUCUCCUUCCUAAUCCAGUUCACAGCUGAUUUCAAUUCAGGGGGCCCUCACGCUUGGUCAAUUGCUCAUUGCUCUCCGAGUCUAGGCGUUGUAAAUAGCACACGGACUGACGCAGAACCAGGUAUAUUAUAUUUGCGUUUGGGCGUUUCCUUGAUGCGUAUGUGGUACUGUUCAAUAAUUGAUGCAAAAAUUACUUUUUCAGGAUUGUGUGUUAGCAUGCCUCCGAGAAACAGGACAUAUGCAUCGGGUAGUAAAAAAAGGAAAAAGAAGAAGGCCGUAGAUACAUUGGUACAAUCACAGCGUGGGCAUCUGCACUUAUAUUACAAGAGUACUUCCACUACUUCGAUAAACCCAGGUGAUGAGUUGGCGAUAGUUGCCAUAGAGGAAGAGCAACAAACUAAUGUGAAUUCAGAAUUCGAUCAGCAAGAAGAAAAUGUCGAAACCAACAUCGACGACAGCAAUGUAAGUGGCUCCGAGAAUGUAGGUAAUUCAUCGGAUGCACAAGAACAGUCUCCUAGUGUUGAUGAACAAGUCUAUACUCCUGAUAUUUAUGAUCCAAGAAAUUGGGAUAAUCUUGACAAUAAAGCAAGAGAUGUAUUAGUUGAGAAAGGGCCAAUGAGAGAGGAAGAGAAUAAAAUGGAAUACCGUGUAGAUGAUGCAGGAAGACAUUUUUCCUAUGCUCACUAUCAUAGGAAAUUAAGCAAUGGAGAGAAACAUGAUAGAAAAUGGCUAGUUUAUUCAGAAGGUGUUGACAAAGUUUUUUGCUUUUGUUGUAAGAUCUUCAAGUCUAGCAGUAGCAGGAGUCAGAGUUCCUUAGCACAUGAUGGAUUAGAUCAUUGGAGGCACAUUAGUGAGAAGCUUAAAGAACAUGAAAAUAGUGUUGAUCAUAUUAAUAACAUGAACAAGUGGAAUGAAUUAAGGAUUAGACUACGGAAAGAGGAAACUAUUGACAAGGACUUGCAGCAUCAAAUAACAAAGGAGAAAGAACGUGUCAGGCAAGUUUUGUUAAGAAUAAUAGCCAUUGUGAAAUAUCUUGGUAAACGCAACUUGGCUUUUCGCGGAAACAGUGAGCAACUUUACAAGGAUGAUAAUGGUAAUUUCUUAGCUUGUGUUGAGAUGAUUGCAGAAUUUGAUUUGGUAAUGCAAGACCACCUUAGACGUAUCCAGAACAAAGAAAUUCAUUACCAUUAUCUCAGUCAUAAAAUUCAGAACGAGUUGAUAUCUCUUUUGGCUGCUGACAUCACAUGUUCUAUCAUAAAGGUUGUUAAAGAGGCCAAGUAUUUCUCUGUUAUCCUAGAUUGUACCCCUGAUGUCAGUCAUCAAGAACAAAUGACUUUUUUAGUUCGUUGUGUUAAUUUGUCGGAUGGGAGAAUAAAAAUUGAGGAGUACUUUCUGGGGUUCUUGAAGGUGGAUGACACUUCUGGCUUAGGGAUUUUUAAAGUACUGCUUGAAUCUAUGGAGACUUUUGGCUUAAAUAUUAAUGAUAUAAGGGGUCAAGGAUAUGACAAUGGUUCUAACAUGAAAGGAAAAUACCGAGGGGUACAAUCUAGGUUACUUGAUGUGAAUCCAAGAGCAUUAUACAUGCCAUGUGCUUGUCAUAGUCUUAAUCUCACUCUCUGUGAUAUGGCAAAAACAUGUGAGAAAGCUGUUUCAUUUUUUGGAAUUGUUCAGCGCAUAUAUAUAUUAUUUGCUGGUUCUACGAAAAGGUGGAAUGUUUUGCUUAAACAUGUUCCUAGUUUGACUGUGAAAUCAUUGUCUAACACUCGCUGGGAGAGUCGAAUCAAAAGUGUUACAGCAAUAAGAUAUCAAGCCAUUGAGUUAAGGUCAGCUUUGUCUGAGUUACGUGAUGCUUCUGACACUGAACCUAAGGAUAAAAGCGACGCAAAAAAUUUAUUUGAUGCACUUGGUCGCUUUGAGUUUCUAGUUGGUAUGAUUAUCUGGCAUGAUAUUCUGUUUGCUGUAAAUAAAGUUAGCAAGAUGCUGCAAUCGUCAACCAUGUGUAUUGACUCUGCUUUGAAGCAAAUAAAAGGUAUAACAGAAUAUUUUGAGAAGUACAGAGAUGAUGGGUUUUCUUCAAGUUUGACCAUCGCCAAAGGUAUUGCGACUGAAAUGGGAAUUGAUCCCGUGUUUCCAAUGAAACGUCAUGCUAAGAGGAAGAGACAGUUUGGUGAAAGUGAUUGUCAAGAAGAAAUUCUAGAAGCUGAGAAGGCUUUUCAUAUUAAAUAUUUUUUUGUUUUGGUUGAUAUGGCGGUCACUUCUUUGAAGGAUAGAUUUAAAGAACUAAAAUGGUGUUCAAAGAUAUCUUUGGAUUUUUAUUGA